AUGUCAACUUCGUCACUUGCGCAUAAUCAAAUCAUUUCUAAGAAGCAAUUAUUAACGAAACCAAAAUUCUGGGAGGAUUUUGGUGCGGAUCCAUUAGAAGCUUAUGGUGGUUUUUCCAAAUUAAAAUAUUCAAAAGAACAAGUAUUUCCAUCAGAAUUAGCUAAUAAUGGUAUUAUAAAUUGGUCAAAAAUUCAAUCAAACGAAGAUGGUUCGGUAGGGCCAAUAGACUUUAAUAACAUGAGGUGGGAUUUUAAUAAGAAAUCGUUAGGAUGGUCAAUUUCACAAUUUCAAUUAUGGGCUAGGGGAUAUUUUACUACUCCAGAGUUCUUUUCGGAACAAAAAAUUCCAAUCCUCGUACAAUGUCACAAUAUUGGAGAUUUUUACAUUAAUAACCAAAGAUGUCAUGGGGAUUGGUAUAAUUAUCAUACAUCUUAUUAUAUUCUUCACUUAACUCCUAAUACGCAGUAUACAAUUGAUGUACGAGUCGUUAAUGAAAUUCGAAUUUUUGGUGAUAAAAUACCACCAAGAAUAAAAUUCGAUUGUGAAUUAAGAAAUUUAAAACUAGAAGAAAAGGGUGCAAUGUUUUUGCAUGAAAGGAUCAUUGUACCUGAUUUAAUUGGAGGAACAAGAUUUGCUGGUGAAUACAUGAGCAUUCCGAUAUUGAAUACGUUGGAAAAUGAAUGGAUUAUUAUUGAGAAGGUUGCGAUUGUUAAUUGUCCUGCAAAGAUAGCAGUUGAAUUAAUUCCUACCUCUUACGACUCCUUCACACGCGGAAUAAGACUUGCACCUUCACAACAUCAAAAUAUUAAAAUAAGACUAAUUUUAGAAGAACCUUAUUUUAAUCCAUUAUUACCAUUCUCUUUAAAAUUCGAUAUUUCUUCAAAAACACCAAAAGGCCAUCAAAGUCUUUUGAUAAAAAUUACUAAAGAAAUUCUGAUCAAGUAUAAAAAUUUAGACGCAUUUUAUAAAUUUACUUUUGAAGAUUUUGAUGAAUCGAUUCAAUAUGCCAUGAUUAUGCACCCAAAGGAGAGUAGUGCGCCCAAUAAAGCUCCGAUAUUGGUAGCAUUACAUGGAGCUGGUGUUGAAGCAAAUGUAGAAUUUUGGACUAAUGCUUAUCCAAAACAAAAAAAUUCCUGGAUAUUAUUGCCUACAGGAAGAACACCAUGGGGAUAUGAUUGGCAUGGACCAAGUUUAUUAAAUGUUCAAUAUGCUAUAAAAGCUUUGAUAGAUCCAACCGGAACAUUUAAAGAAUAUUUGAACGAUUUUAUACCAGACCCAGAUAAAUUAUUCAUUUCAGGACAUUCAAAUGGUGGACAAGGUGCUUGGUAUUACAUGUCACACUAUCCCGAUUCGGUAAUUGCUGGCACACCUGCAGCAGGCUAUGUUAAGAUUCAACAUUAUGUGCCAUACUUCUGGAACAGUUAUGCUCAUAUAGAUCCUAUAUUAAAAGGGAUUUUGGAUUCUUCAUUAGCAGAAUUUAAUAAUGAUCUAUAUGCUUCAAAUUUGGUUAGCAUACCAAUAUUAGUAAGAGCUGGAUCAAAUGAUGAUAAUGUACCUCCAAUGCAUUCAAGACAAAUGGUCAGAUUAGUAAAUGAAUAUUCAAAUAAUCCAUUAGCCAUAAACUUAUCAGAAGUGAUAGGUCAAGGGCAUUGGUUUGAUCAUAUUAUGAGUGAUAAUGUCAUGCAAGAUUUUAUGAAUAAACAUUUAUUAAUCCAAAAAAAUAGUGUGCAAUUAUCAUCAGAUAAUUCUUCGAUAAAGGAUCCGGUUCUAUUAAGUCAAUUUACUAUUACAUUAAUGAAUCCCGCAAAUUUUGGAGGUAAAGGUGACAUAAUCGUCGAACAACUGAUUAUUCCUUUCAGGCUAGGAAAGAUUCACGUAAAGAUAUAUCAAGUUAACCCGGAGGACGAUUCAACUCCGAUCGUAUAUUCUUUAAAAACAACAAAUAUCAAAAGGUUCAAGUUUAAGCAUCUAAACGAAAGUAUUUCAACAAUAAUCAUUGAUGAAACAGAAUUUGGUGCAUUGUCCAUAAUUCAAGAAUUGCGACAAAUUUGUUGGUUUUAUAAAAAUGAUAAAGAAAAUACAUGGAAGGUUUCUAAUGAUAAGACAUGGAUGUAUAAACAAAAGCACCCUUUAACAUAUGGUCCAGCUCAUUUGAUUCUUGAAUCUAAAUUUCCAUUGCUUUUAGUAGUUGGAACAAUUUCUUCAAAAGCUUUUACGUCAAAAUUCAUGAACAUAGCUCAAGAAAUUUCUCAUUCAUGGUUUCUUUAUGGAAAUGGAAAUGCUAUAAUUAUUCAUGAUACUGAUUUAUGUGAUGAUCAUAAAUUCAUCUGUAAUGAAUAUGUUAAAGGGAAUAUGGUAUUGUUGGGAAACAUCUUUGAGAAUAAAGUAACAGAACUUAUAAUGAAUGAAAGAAUUAGUGAAGUCAAGUUUUAUAAAGAUGGUUCAUUUCAAUUGAAUUAUAAAAAAUUUUCAGAUCCCGGAACAGGAAUUUUAUUUUUGCAUCCAUAUAAAUUUUCGCAACUUUCGCUAAUAAUUUCAGGAACAGAUCUUUCUGGUUUAGAUCAAAUCACUAAACUAUUUCCUAAACGAACUGGCGUUCCAAUUCCGGAUUGGAUUAUUACGGGAUCAGAAACGAAAUGGAAAGGAGUUGGUGGUUUACUUGGUGCCGGGUUUUGGGAUAAUGAAUGGAAAUAUAAUGAUGCAAUUGGUUAUUUGGUUUAA